AUGGAAGUCUACGAAUGCAUUCGCAGCCGGAGGACGGUACGACAGUAUAAGCCCGAUCCGGUGCCCGAAUCUGUGAUCAUGAAAAUUCUGCGGGCGGGCCGCUGGGCCCCCAGUUCCAGCAACUCUCAGCCGUGGAACUUCGUGGUGGUCACCAACGCUGAUACCAUUGCCAAACUGGCAGAGGUCGCGACCCAAGGGGCAUUUAUCGCGCAGGCCCCUCUGGUGAUAGCUAUCCUAAUGUCUCCGGGGGCCCCCAGACCUCAGCUUGACGCCGGGCGUGCUCUCCAGCAGAUGGAGCUGGUGGCUUGGGACGAAGGACUGGGCACCUGCUUUGUGGGAGUUCGCGCCGAAGAGCAGCAAGUAGGAGUGAAGGAGGUGCUGGGUAUACCUCCUGACUUCCACCUCAUCACGCUGAUGCCCUAUGGGUACCGAACCGGGCUGCCCUCGGGCCGACCCAGUGUACCCCGUAAACCUAUGGAGGAGAUUGCCCACCGAGAGCGGUUCGGCAAUCCCUAUGUCUCCGGGUAA